AUUCUCUUCUUUCUUACCCAGGAUGCUUUGCGUGUCUAUUUUCCUGUUGCUGACGUUGAGCAGAGUGGGACUGGGCUCUCUGCAGGAUAAACAGACUGACUUUGGCCUAAAGGUCUUCUCGCAGCUUGCCCAGGACUCUGUGGACAAAAACAUGGCCUUGUCCCCGUACGGCGUGGCCUCCGUCCUGGCCAUGGCUCAGCUCGGUGCAGCUGGAAACACCCGCAAGGCCUUAACUGCUGCGAUGGGCUUUUCUCUGCAAGAGCGAGGGAUGUCCCGGCAGCAGCGUCUCCUGCAGCGGGACGUUUCCAGUGAGGAGGGGGUGGAGACAGCAAGCGCGGUCAUGGUGGAGAGGAAGAUGAGCCUGGAGAAGGGAUUCCGCAGGGCCCUGGCCAAGGCCUUCCAGACCCACCCUAAUCAGGUGGACUUCAGCAAGCCAGAGGAGGCAGUCCGCGUCGUCAACUCCUGGGUCUCCGACCACACUGGAGGUGCCAUCCCCGAGUUCCUGGCAUCUGGAUCUCUGUCUGAUGAGACCCGUCUGGUCCUCCUUAAUGCCCUCGACUUCAAGGGUCUCUGGAAGGUUCCCUUUGACCCCAAAAUGACCCAGGAGAGGAUGUUCCACUGUGCCAACGGCAGCAAUGUACCCGUGCACAUGAUGAGACUCACCAACCGCUUCAACUAUGGCGAGUUUGUGACUCCCGAGGGGGUGGACUAUGAUGUCAUUGAGGUUCCAUACGAGGGAGACUCACUGAGCAUGCUCCUGGUAUCGCCCUUUGAGCCUGAAGUUCCACUGAGCACGCUCAGUGCAGAUCUGAGCAGCCAGCGGAUUAAGCAAUGGAGAAUGGAGCUGAGAAAUGUUAAGCGACAGCUGGCCAUGCCCAGGUUUACGCUGAACUCUGAGGUGGACUUGAAGACUGCUCUGCUUAACAUGGGUCUGGGAGACAUGUUCAACCUGGCUACUGCUGACUUCACACGCAUCAACACUGACGAGAGGCUGUGUGUGUCGAAGGUUCUGCAGAGAGUGAAGAUUGAGGUGAAUGAGCAAGGAACCAAGGGAGCAGCAGCAACAGCUGCGGUGAUGUUUUCUCGCAUGGCGGUGGAGGAGAUUACUCUAGACCGACCCUUCCUCUUCCUCAUCCAGCACAAACAAACAGGUGCUGUUCUGUUCAUGGGUCAGUUCAACCAGCCUCAACAACAAUAAGACCCGCCUUCAUUCCACUGUGUCCGACUACUGCUGCUCAUACUCCACGUGAAGACCACACCAGACCCAUUGUCCAGGCUUCAUUUGACUCGACAGACUUAUUCACUAUACUAUAAUGUACGCUACUUAAUAAACAAGAAGACUGGGGCAAAGGGAAACACAGACUUAACAUGACAGACGUUGGGAAUAUGAUUGACUGAGAGUUUAUGUUUGCUGUUAAUUUAUUACCUUGAAUGUUUGUGGUUGACAA